AGCCUGCCGGCUUUUGCGCACGUCAGCGGCGGGCCAUCAAAGACGAAAGGAGGGGAGGCAAAGAAGUUUCUUUUAAAGAAACGACCUUGUGCUAUUACUUUUUGGCGAAGUGCUGUAAACCUCUCACUUCAGUAGUCACAAAGAUGGGAAACCGAGUCGCCCGUGAGGACUACGAAUGGGUUUAUACGGACCAGCCGCAUGCUGACAGGAGAAAAGCGAUUUUGGCCAAAUAUCCAAAAAUCAAAACGCUGAUGGGUCCUGACCCGAGGUUGAAAUGGAUCGUGUGCAUGAUGGUGGUGAUACAGUUUGUAGCUUUCUACCUGGUCAAGGACUUGGACUGGAAAUGGGUUCUGUUUUGGACUUAUGCAUUUGGCAGUUGCAUCAACCACUCAAUGACCCUUGCUAUUCACGAGAUCUCCCACAAUACAGCAUUUGGAAAUAACAAAGCCAUGUGGAACCGCUACUUUGCCAUCUUUGCCAACCUGCCGAUCGGCCUGCCCUACUCUGCGUCUUUCAAACGCUAUCACCUGGAUCAUCAUCGCUACCUGGGUGGAGAUGGGAUUGAUGUAGAUAUCCCCACUGAUUUUGAAGGCUGGUUUUUCUGCACUCGCUUUCGCAAGUUUAUCUGGAUUAUUCUGCAGCCACUCUUCUAUGCUAUACGGCCCCUUUGCAUUAACCCUAAACCCAUCACUCAGCUUGAGAUGACCAAUGUGGCUUUCCAGGUCACCUUUAAUGUUCUGCUCUACUGGCUGUGGGGGGCUAAGCCUGUGGUCUACAUGUUGGCUGGCUCCAUGCUGGGAAUGGGCUUGCAUCCAAUUUCUGGCCACUUCAUAGCUGAGCACUACAUGUUCCUAAAGGGUCACGAGACCUACUCUUAUUACGGCUCUCUCAAUCUGCUCACCUUCAAUGUGGGUUACCACAAUGAGCACCAUGACUUCCCCAGCAUCCCAGGACGCAGGCUGCCCAUGGUAAAGGAAAUUGCUGCAGAGUAUUAUGCUGACCUGCCUCAGUACACAUCUUGGGUGAAGGUUCUAUACGACUUCAUUAUGGACGAUACCAUAAGCCCAUAUUCACGAAUCAAGAGGAAGCUGAAGGGAGAGGUCAAACAGGAGUAACGCCACUGUGGGAACACAGCUGUGUGUCCGCUGUAAAGGCAGCCUUUCCACUUUGAAAAAAUUAACAGCUUCUGCAGAUGAGUGCAUUCCACAUGUGGACUAAACUGACUAGAGGGAUGAAGUGCUGAGUGUGCACAGAACAGGUCUUUGUUUUCCAGGUCCAAAAACGGGUGGUGCUGGGCUUUAAUUUGUUGGUGUUGUAGAGCGAGAACAAAUAUAGGACUGGCUGCACAGAGACCUGAUAUCUGAACAGCUAUGAAUCGGUUCAGAUAUCCAAAUAAAGUAAAGCUUCAUUCAUACUUUUCCUGAGUGCUUCUCAAAGUCAGGUGGUGGGGGCCCUGGAGCCUGUCUGCGGAUACUGGGGGUAGGGUAACUCCGGGGCGGGCUGUCAGUCCACCCAGGGCUAACACAAUGCAGCACUUCUCUCUGACACACCCCUGCUGUUACAAAGAGGCUUCAGAUUCAUUCAGACUGGACUUCCCUUUUAACGGAGUGAUCUCUGCAGCUUCCGUGUCUGCGUCCUGUCCCGCUAGUCGAACUAUUAGAGUAUGAGGUCUUUGUGCAGCCAGCCCCACAGAUUCCUCUGCUGAAGUAAAGCGUCACAGCUGGCUGUGCCAUCAUCUGAAGGCACCAAAGCAGCUGGAUCCAACUGACUACAAACCAGAUGUUUUCUUCCACUUUAGAGCUCAAACACAGAGUAUUUAAAUUGAACUUCCUUCCAUAUAAAUUGAAUUUCUUGUGAGUGAUGCAUCUAUGCACAUUUAAAGCCAACAUAAAAGCGAAAUUUAGAUGUUCACAUUUUGUGGCCUGUAAUGGCUCCCAGCCCAUCCUCAACAAGAUCCAACCUGUGACUGAGAAUGUCUGAGCUUGUGACAUGCAUAUGUAACUGAUCACCAGAGCUUUGUUUUCCAUGAUUGUGAUCUUAACUUAAUUGGUUCUUGAGAAAGACUUUAAAAGAUGAAAGUAUUCAAAUACAGUAAAGCUAAUUGUUUUAUGUUUUAAGCCUGCACAUUUACUUAUGUUGAACUGAAUGACGUGGACAGUACUGAGGUGACUGUUGUGCUGUUAUGAAUUCACUGUCGGAGAUCUGUGGAUGUAAACCGCAGAGGAGCCCACUCACUUUUUUGUGCUGUGUGCUUGGAGCAGGCCUGUCACUUCUGUACUGUGCUGUAUGUUUCACACUGUUUGCUUCCUCCUUAAAGAGACCAGCGUCACAUUAAACUCUGGAAAACAAA